AUGGGAUCUUUUAGAGAUUAUUCGUGGCACUGGGACUUAAGCCGUGAAAUUCAGUUUGCAACGGGAGUGGCGCUAGCACAAUUGAUUGAAUUAGACAACAUCCUCUUUGGCAUGGAAGUUAAUGAAGGCACAGUGGAUGUUUUAAAGUGGUUUAAAGAUCCGACGGGUAUAUUCACGGUACACUCGGGUUAUGUGGCUUUAUAUAAUAGUUGCAAUCAUAUCUUGUAUGUAGAUAGUAAAUUGAAGGCAAUGUCUCGCUUAUGGGACUCGUUAGUUCCAUCUAAGAUUCUUGUAUUCGGUUGGCGUUGCAUUAAAGAUAGGAUAGCAACUAGAGAUCACUUGAGUAUAAGGGGUAUUAUUACAGAUGAUAAUAACAAGGUGUGUAUGUUUUGCUUUGGUCAAACUGAAACCAUGGACCAUUUAAUGGUUCGGUGCCCUUUUAUAAAGAUGGUUUGGAGUCGAAUUUUCGCGUGGCUCGGUAUAGAAAGAGUGAAUUCACAGAAUAUGGUGGACCAUCUGCUGCGGUUUUGCGAUUUAUUAGCCGAUAAGGUGCGACCCAAGAAGAUUAUUUUGAUAUGGUUGGCAAUGUGUAGGACAAUAUGGUGUAAAAGGAAUGCAAUCAUCUUUAAAGCCGAAGCGGUUAGUGUAGCCGACAUUGUCGAUAAGGUUAAAUUGAUUUCUUGGCAGUGGAAUAUGAUGGGCAAUAAAUAUUUUGCAUCUUGUAGUUUUUUCUUUUGGAAUCAACAUCCUUUAGAAUUUUUAUGA